AUGUUCACUAUCAGACGCGCCUUUCUGGGGACUUUACUGUUACUUCCCGUCGCCUUUCCUCUGGUCAAAGGAGACGUGAGUUACUCUGUUCCAGAGGAGAUGAAACGUGGAUCCGUGAUCGGAAAUAUCGCUAAGGAUAUAGGUCUGGAUUUGGGCAGGUUCUCCGCGCGCAGGGCGCGCGUGGACUCCGAGGACAACGGCGUCCAGUACUGCAGCGUGAACCUCAACACGGGAGAGCUGGUUGUUCAGGAGAGGAUUGACAGAGAGGGCCUUUGUGCGAAGAAGACUUCAUGUAUUCUGAAACAGGAGCUCGUGCUGGAAAACCCUUUGGAGCUGCAUCGCUUUACUAUCCGCGUGCAAGACAUAAAUGACAACGCGCCACAAUUUAAAGAGGAUUCAUUUAGAUUUGAAAUCCAAGAAUCCACUGGUAAGGGGGCCCGGUUUGCUCUCGGUGAAGCGCAUGACGGAGACAUUGGAGAAAACGCUGUACAGGGCUACACCCUUCAGAAGAACGACCAUUUUAAAUUAAAUGUGAAAACAAACUCCGGGGGACGAAAAUAUUGUGAGUUAGUGUUGGAUAAAGAGUUGGACAGAGAGGAAAAUAACGAGAUCACGCUUGUGCUGACUGCGUUUGAUGGCGGCUCUCCUCAGAGAUCAGGCACAGUAGUCAUCCAUGUCACUGUUCUUGACGCUAAUGAUAAUGCGCCAGUGUUUAGUCAGACUGUGUAUAAAGCGAGUCUUCCAGAAAACUCUCCUCCAGACACACUAGUUAUUACAGUGACUGCUACUGAUGCAGAUGAGGGUCUGAAUAGUGAGGUAAUUUAUGAAUUUUACCAGCGAUCCGAUGAAAAUAGUAAUGUGUUUUCUAUGAAUCCAAAAACAGGAGAAGUGCUUGUAUCAGGUGCCAUUGAUCAUGAAAAAUCAUCUUCUUAUGAAAUGCAAAUCAGUGCCAAAGAUGGUUUAGGUCUGGUAUCAUAUGCAACCUUAAUCAUUGAAAUCACUGAUGUGAAUGACAAUGCUCCUAUCAUUAACUUGAAGUCAGUAUCCAAUCAGAUUCCAGAGAAUGUGUCACCUGGUACAGAGGUGGGCAUCAUUAAUGUGCAGGACAGAGACUCAGAGAACAACAGACAGGUCCGCUGCUCCCUUCAGACUGGGGUCCCUUUCAAGUUAGUACCUUCCAUUAAAAACUAUUAUUCUCUAGUGACCACAGAACAGCUGGACCGUGAGCUAGUGUCUGAUUACAACAUUACAAUCACUGCCACUGACGAGGGCUCUCCUCCUCUGUCCUCCUCUAAAACUGUCCACUUAACUGUAGCUGACAUCAAUGACAACCCUCCUGUGUUUGAGGAGCAGUCCUACAGCGCACAUGUGACUGAAAACAACAAACCUGGCUCCACUUUAUGUUCUGUUGCUGCUCGAGACCCAGACUGGAGACAAAACGGGACAGUGGUUUAUUCUCUGUUACCUGGUGAGGUGAAUGGGGCCCCAGUGUCCUCCUAUGUAUCUGUUAAUGGAGACACAGGGGUGAUCCAUGCUGUGAGGGCUUUUGAUUAUGAACAGUUCAGGAGUUUUAAAGUCCAUGUGAUGGCCAGAGACAAUGGCUCUCCUCCACUCAGCAGCAACGUGACAGUCAAUGUGUUUAUAUCUGAUGUGAAUGACAACUCUCCUCAAAUACUGUACCCCACCCCGGAGGGGAACUCCUUCAUGACUGAACUGGUCCCUAAAGCUGCACAUGCAGGCUCUCUGGUGUCCAAAGUGAUAGCAGUGGACGCAGACUCUGGACAGAACGCCUGGCUGUCCUAUCACAUAGUCAAAUCCACUGAUCCUGGACUUUUUACUAUUGGUCUCCACAGUGGAGAGAUCCGGAGCCAGCGGGACGUCUCUGAAUCUGACAGCAUGAAACAGAACCUUAUUGUGUCAGUGAAGGAUAACGGACAGCCUCCUCUCUCUGCCACCUGCUCCAUGUAUUUACUGAUCUCUGAUAACUUGGCUGAAGUGCCUGAACUCAAGGACAUUUCUUAUGAUGAGAGGGACUCAAAGCUGACAUCCUAUCUGAUCAUUGCACUGGUGUCAGUGUCCACAUUUUUCCUCACCUUCAUUAUUAUUGUCUUGGGUGUGAGGUUCUGUCGCAGGAGGAAGCCCAGACUGUUGUUUGAUGGAGCAGUUGCAAUCCCCAGUGGUUAUCUGCCUCCUAAUUAUGCAGAUGUUGACGGCACAGGAACUUUACGCAGCACUUACAACUAUGAUGGAUACAUGACGACUGGAUCCAGGACAAGUGACUUUAAGUUUGUGUCGUCCUACAAUGACAACACGCUGCCUGCAGAUCAGACACUGAGAAAAAGCCCCACUGACUUUUCUGACGUCUUUGGAGAUGGCAAUGUCUCUCCUGAGGUAGUAGGGGAUAUAAUGGCUGCAAGUAGACGUGACUUAUCCUAUACUCUGAUGUUGGUUAUUUUUACCUUUUACCCCAUCAGAGGAGACGUGAGUUACUCUGUUCCAGAGGAGAUGAAACGUGGAUCCGUGAUCGGAAAUAUCGCUAAGGAUAUAGGUCUGGAUUUGGGCAGGUUGUCCGCGCGCAGGGCGCGCGUGGACUCCGAGGACAACGGCGUCCAGUACUGCAGCGUGAACCUCAACACGGGAGAGCUGGUUGUUCAGGAGAGGAUUGACAGAGAGGGCCUUUGUGCGAAGAAGACUUCAUGUAUUCUGAAACAGGAGCUCGUGCUGGAAAACCCUUUGGAGCUGCAUCGCUUUACUAUCCGCGUGCAAGACAUAAAUGACAACGCACCACAAUUCACGGACGACCCACUUAAAUUUGAAAUUAGAGAAUCAGCUGUUAAGGGCGCACGAUUUGCUGUUGGUGAGGCGCACGAUGAAGACGUUGGAGAAAAUGCUGUACAGGGCUACACCCUUCAGAAGAACGACCAUUUUAAAUUACUUUUGAAAACAAACUCAGUUGGACGAAAAUCCUGCGAGUUACUACUGGAAAAGGAAUUAGACAGAGAGGAAAAUAGCGAGAUCACGCUUGUGCUGACUGCGUUUGAUGGCGGCUCUCCUCAGAGAUCAGGCACAGUAGUCAUCCAUGUCACUGUUCUUGACGCUAAUGAUAAUGCGCCAGUGUUUAGUCAGACUGUGUAUAAAGCGAGUCUUCCAGAAAACUCUCCUCCAGACACACUGGUUAUUACAGUGACUGCUACUGAUGCAGAUGAGGGUCUGAAUAGUGAGAUUACCUAUCAGUUUGAUCACGUAUCAAGUAAAGACAGUAAUGUAUUUUCCAUUGAUUCCAAAACUGGAGACAUAACAGUUAGAAAGGAAAUUGACUAUGAAAAAACACCGUCUUAUGAAAUGCAAAUCAGUGCCAAAGAUGGUUUAGGGCUGGUCUCCUAUGCAACUUUAAUAAUAGAUAUCAGUGAUGUUAAUGACAAUGCUCCUAUAAUUAAAUUACAGUCUCUGUCAAAUCAGGUUUCUGAGAAUGUGUCACCUGGUACAGAGGUGGGCAUCAUUAAUGUGCAGGACAGAGACUCAGAGAACAACAGACAGGUCCGCUGCUCCCUUCAGACUGGGGUCCCUUUCAAGUUAGUACCUUCCAUUAAAAACUAUUAUUCUCUAGUGACCACAGAACAGCUGGACCGUGAGCUAGUGUCUGAUUACAACAUUACAAUCACUGCCACUGACGAGGGCUCUCCUCCUCUGUCCUCCUCUAAAACUGUCCACUUAACUGUAGCUGACAUCAAUGACAACCCUCCUGUGUUUGAGGAGCAGUCCUACAGCGCACAUGUGACUGAAAACAACAAACCUGGCUCCAAUUUAUGUUCUGUUGCUGCUCGAGACCCAGACUGGAGACAAAACGGGACAGUGGUUUAUUCUCUGUUACCUGGUGAGGUGAAUGGGGCCCCAGUGUCCUCCUAUGUAUCUGUUAAUGGAGACACAGGGGUGAUACAUGCUGUGAGGGCUUUUGAUUAUGAACAGUUCAGGAGUUUUAAAGUCCAUGUGAUGGCCAGAGACAAUGGCUCUCCUCCACUCAGCAGCAACACGACAGUCAAUGUGUUUAUAUCUGAUGUGAACGACAACUCUCCUCAAAUACUGUACCCCACCCCGGAGGGGAACUCCUUCAUGACUGAACUGGUCCCUAAAGCUGCACAUGCAGGCUCUCUGGUGUCCAAAGUGAUAGCAGUGGACGCAGACUCUGGACAGAACGCCUGGCUGUCCUAUCACAUAGUCAAAUCCACUGAUCCUGGACUUUUUACUAUCGGUCUUCACAGUGGAGAGAUCCGGAGCCAGCGGGACGUCUCUGAAUCUGACAGCAUGAAACAGAACCUUAUUGUGUCAGUGAAGGAUAACGGACAGCCUCCUCUCUCUGCCACCUGCUCCAUGUAUUUACUGAUCUCUGAUAACUUGGCUGAAGUGCCUGAACUCAAGGACAUUUCUUAUGAUGAGAGGGACUCAAAGCUGACAUCCUAUCUGAUCAUUGCACUGGUGUCAGUGUCCACAUUUUUCCUCACCUUCAUUAUUAUUGUCCUGGGUGUAAGGUUCUGUCGCAUGAGGAAGCCCAGACUGUUGUUUGAUGGAGCAGUUGCAAUCCCCAGUGGUUAUCUGCCUCCUAAUUAUGCAGAUGUUGACGGCACAGGAACUUUACGCAGUACUUACAACUAUGAUGGAUACAUGACGACUGGAUCCAGGACAAGUGACUUUAAGUUUGUGUCGUCCUACAAUGACAACACCCUGCCUGCAGAUCAGACACUGAGAAAAAGCCCCACUGACUUUUGUGACGUCUUUGGAGAUGGUGAUGUCUCUCCUGAGGUAGGCAAUUUGACGCAAACAUGGAAGAUUGGCCUCGCGUUAAUGAUAUUUCUUUCAAAUUUGGCACGUGGAGAUGUGAGUUAUUCUGUUCCAGAGGAGAUGAAACGUGGAUCUGUUAUUGGAAAUAUCGCUAAGGACCUUGGCAUUAAUGUUUCUACACGCAGAGCUCGCAUUAACUCCGAGGACAACGGCGUCCAGUACUGCAGCGUGAACCUCAACACGGGAGAGCUGGUUGUUCAGGAGAGGAUUGACAGAGAGGGCCUUUGUGCGAAGAAGACUUCAUGUAUUCUGAAACAGGAGCUCGUGCUGGAAAACCCUUUGGAAUUACAUCCUUUCAUUUUGCGCGUUCAAGACAUUAAUGAUAACGCGCCGAAGUUUAAGGAGGAGACGCUUAAAUUUGAAAUUCGAGAAUCAGCUGAUAAGGGCGCACGAUUUGCUGUUGGUGAAGCGCACGAUGAGGACAUAGGAGAAAACGCAGUACAGGGCUACACCCUUCAGCAGAACGACCAUUUUAAAUUAAAUGUUAAAACAAAUUCCGGAGGACGAAAAUACUGUGAGUUAGUGCUGGAUAAAGAAUUAGACAGAGAAAAUAGUAACGAGCUCCUGCUUGUUCUGACUGCGUUUGAUGGCGGCUCUCCUCAGAGAUCAGGCACAGUAGUCAUCCAUGUCACUGUUCUUGACGCUAAUGAUAAUGCGCCAGUGUUUAGUCAGACUGUGUAUAAAGCGAGUCUUCCAGAAAACUCUCCUCCAGACACACUGGUUAUUACAGUGACAGCUACAGAUGCUGAUGAAGGAAUACAUAGUGAGAUUACGUACGAGUUUGACCAUGUUUCAAGUAAAGAUGUGUUUUCAAUACAUCCUAAGGCAGGAGAAGUAAAAGUCACGGGGAAAAUUGAUUAUGAAAAAAUGCCAUCAUAUGAAAUGCAAAUAAGUGCCAAAGAUGGUUUAGGCUUGGCAUCCUAUGCCACUUUAUUGAUAGGAAUUACUGACGUGAACGAUAAUGCCCCGGUUAUUUACCUACAAUCACUGACCAAUCAGAUUCCAGAGAAUGUGUCACCUGGUACAGAGGUGGGCAUCAUUAAUGUGCAGGACAGAGACUCAGAGAACAACAGACAGGUCCGCUGCUCCCUUCAGACUGGGGUCCCUUUCAAGUUAGUACCUUCCAUUAAAAACUAUUAUUCUCUAGUGACCACAGAACAGCUGGACCGUGAGCUAGUGUCUGAUUACAACAUUACAAUCACUGCCACUGACGAGGGCUCUCCUCCUCUGUCCUCCUCUAAAACUGUCCACUUAACUGUAGCUGACAUCAAUGACAACCCUCCUGUGUUUGAGGAGCAGUCCUACAGCGCACAUGUGACUGAAAACAACAAACCUGGCUCCACUUUAUGUUCUGUUGCUGCUCGAGACCCAGACUGGAGACAAAACGGGACAGUGGUUUAUUCUCUGUUACCUGGUGAGGUGAAUGGGGCCCCAGUGUCCUCCUAUGUAUCUGUUAAUGGAGACACAGGGGUGAUCCAUGCUGUGAGGGCUUUUGAUUAUGAACAGUUCAGGAGUUUUAAAGUCCAUGUGAUGGCCAGAGACAAUGGCUCUCCUCCACUCAGCAGCAACGUGACAGUCAAUGUGUUUAUAUCUGAUGUGAAUGACAACUCUCCUCAAAUACUGUACCCCACCCCGGAGGGGAACUCCUUCAUGACUGAACUGGUCCCUAAAGCUGCACAUGCAGGCUCUCUGGUGUCCAAAGUGAUAGCAGUGGACGCAGACUCUGGACAGAACGCCUGGCUGUCCUAUCACAUAGUCAAAUCCACUGAUCCUGGACUUUUUACUAUUGGUCUCCACAGUGGAGAGAUCCGGAGCCAGCGGGACGUCUCUGAAUCUGACAGCAUGAAACAGAACCUUAUUGUGUCAGUGAAGGAUAACGGACAGCCUCCUCUCUCUGCCACCUGCUCCAUGUAUUUACUGAUCUCUGAUAACUUGGCUGAAGUGCCUGAACUCAAGGACAUUUCUUAUGAUGAGAGGGACUCAAAGCUGACAUCCUAUCUGAUCAUUGCACUGGUGUCAGUGUCCACAUUUUUCCUCACCUUCAUUAUUAUUGUCUUGGGUGUGAGGUUCUGUCGCAGGAGGAAGCCCAGACUGUUGUUUGAUGGAGCAGUUGCAAUCCCCAGUGGUUAUCUGCCUCCUAAUUAUGCAGAUGUUGACGGCACAGGAACUUUACGCAGCACUUACAACUAUGAUGGAUACAUGACGACUGGAUCCAGGACAAGUGACUUUAAGUUUGUGUCGUCCUACAAUGACAACACGCUGCCUGCAGAUCAGACACUGAGAAAAAGCCCCACUGACUUUUCUGACGUCUUUGGAGAUGGCAAUGUCUCUCCUGAGGUAGUAGGGGAUAUAAUGGCUGCAAGUAGACGUGACUUAUCCUAUACUCUGAUGUUGGUUAUUUUUACCUUUUACCCCAUCAGAGGAGACGUGAGUUACUCUGUUCCAGAGGAGAUGAAACGUGGAUCCGUGAUCGGAAAUAUCGCUAAGGAUAUAGGUCUGGAUUUGGGCAGGUUGUCCGCGCGCAGGGCGCGCGUGGACUCCGAGGACAACGGCGUCCAGUACUGCAGCGUGAACCUCAACACGGGAGAGCUGGUUGUUCAGGAGAGGAUUGACAGAGAGGGCCUUUGUGCGAAGAAGACUUCAUGUAUUCUGAAACAGGAGCUCGUGCUGGAAAACCCUUUGGAGCUGCAUCGCUUUACUAUCCGCGUGCAAGACAUAAAUGACAACGCACCACAAUUCACGGACGACCCACUUAAAUUUGAAAUUAGAGAAUCAGCUGUUAAGGGCGCACGAUUUGCUGUUGGUGAGGCGCACGAUGAAGACGUUGGAGAAAAUGCUGUACAGGGCUACACCCUUCAGAAGAACGACCAUUUUAAAUUACUUUUGAAAACAAACUCAGUUGGACGAAAAUCCUGCGAGUUACUACUGGAAAAGGAAUUAGACAGAGAGGAAAAUAGCGAGAUCACGCUUGUGCUGACUGCGUUUGAUGGCGGCUCUCCUCAGAGAUCAGGCACAGUAGUCAUCCAUGUCACUGUUCUUGACGCUAAUGAUAAUGCGCCAGUGUUUAGUCAGACUGUGUAUAAAGCGAGUCUUCCAGAAAACUCUCCUCCAGACACACUGGUUAUUACAGUGACUGCUACUGAUGCAGAUGAGGGUCUGAAUAGUGAGAUUACCUAUCAGUUUGAUCACGUAUCAAGUAAAGACAGUAAUGUAUUUUCCAUUGAUUCCAAAACUGGAGACAUAACAGUUAGAAAGGAAAUUGACUAUGAAAAAACACCGUCUUAUGAAAUGCAAAUCAGUGCCAAAGAUGGUUUAGGGCUGGUCUCCUAUGCAACUUUAAUAAUAGAUAUCAGUGAUGUUAAUGACAAUGCUCCUAUAAUUAAAUUACAGUCUCUGUCAAAUCAGGUUUCUGAGAAUGUGUCACCUGGUACAGAGGUGGGCAUCAUUAAUGUGCAGGACAGAGACUCAGAGAACAACAGACAGGUCCGCUGCUCCCUUCAGACUGGGGUCCCUUUCAAGUUAGUACCUUCCAUUAAAAACUAUUAUUCUCUAGUGACCACAGAACAGCUGGACCGUGAGCUAGUGUCUGAUUACAACAUUACAAUCACUGCCACUGACGAGGGCUCUCCUCCUCUGUCCUCCUCUAAAACUGUCCACUUAACUGUAGCUGACAUCAAUGACAACCCUCCUGUGUUUGAGGAGCAGUCCUACAGCGCACAUGUGACUGAAAACAACAAACCUGGCUCCAAUUUAUGUUCUGUUGCUGCUCGAGACCCAGACUGGAGACAAAACGGGACAGUGGUUUAUUCUCUGUUACCUGGUGAGGUGAAUGGGGCCCCAGUGUCCUCCUAUGUAUCUGUUAAUGGAGACACAGGGGUGAUACAUGCUGUGAGGGCUUUUGAUUAUGAACAGUUCAGGAGUUUUAAAGUCCAUGUGAUGGCCAGAGACAAUGGCUCUCCUCCACUCAGCAGCAACACGACAGUCAAUGUGUUUAUAUCUGAUGUGAACGACAACUCUCCUCAAAUACUGUACCCCACCCCGGAGGGGAACUCCUUCAUGACUGAACUGGUCCCUAAAGCUGCACAUGCAGGCUCUCUGGUGUCCAAAGUGAUAGCAGUGGACGCAGACUCUGGACAGAACGCCUGGCUGUCCUAUCACAUAGUCAAAUCCACUGAUCCUGGACUUUUUACUAUCGGUCUUCACAGUGGAGAGAUCCGGAGCCAGCGGGACGUCUCUGAAUCUGACAGCAUGAAACAGAACCUUAUUGUGUCAGUGAAGGAUAACGGACAGCCUCCUCUCUCUGCCACCUGCUCCAUGUAUUUACUGAUCUCUGAUAACUUGGCUGAAGUGCCUGAACUCAAGGACAUUUCUUAUGAUGAGAGGGACUCAAAGCUGACAUCCUAUCUGAUCAUUGCACUGGUGUCAGUGUCCACAUUUUUCCUCACCUUCAUUAUUAUUGUCCUGGGUGUAAGGUUCUGUCGCAUGAGGAAGCCCAGACUGUUGUUUGAUGGAGCAGUUGCAAUCCCCAGUGGUUAUCUGCCUCCUAAUUAUGCAGAUGUUGACGGCACAGGAACUUUACGCAGUACUUACAACUAUGAUGGAUACAUGACGACUGGAUCCAGGACAAGUGACUUUAAGUUUGUGUCGUCCUACAAUGACAACACCCUGCCUGCAGAUCAGACACUGAGAAAAAGCCCCACUGACUUUUGUGACGUCUUUGGAGAUGGUGAUGUCUCUCCUGAGGUAGGCAAUUUGACGCAAACAUGGAAGAUUGGCCUCGCGUUAAUGAUAUUUCUUUCAAAUUUGGCACGUGGAGAUGUGAGUUAUUCUGUUCCAGAGGAGAUGAAACGUGGAUCUGUUAUUGGAAAUAUCGCUAAGGACCUUGGCAUUAAUGUUUCUACACGCAGAGCUCGCAUUAACUCCGAGGACAACGGCGUCCAGUACUGCAGCGUGAACCUCAACACGGGAGAGCUGGUUGUUCAGGAGAGGAUUGACAGAGAGGGCCUUUGUGCGAAGAAGACUUCAUGUAUUCUGAAACAGGAGCUCGUGCUGGAAAACCCUUUGGAAUUACAUCCUUUCAUUUUGCGCGUUCAAGACAUUAAUGAUAACGCGCCGAAGUUUAAGGAGGAGACGCUUAAAUUUGAAAUUCGAGAAUCAGCUGAUAAGGGCGCACGAUUUGCUGUUGGUGAAGCGCACGAUGAGGACAUAGGAGAAAACGCAGUACAGGGCUACACCCUUCAGCAGAACGACCAUUUUAAAUUAAAUGUUAAAACAAAUUCCGGAGGACGAAAAUACUGUGAGUUAGUGCUGGAUAAAGAAUUAGACAGAGAAAAUAGUAACGAGCUCCUGCUUGUUCUGACUGCGUUUGAUGGCGGCUCUCCUCAGAGAUCAGGCACAGUAGUCAUCCAUGUCACUGUUCUUGACGCUAAUGAUAAUGCGCCAGUGUUUAGUCAGACUGUGUAUAAAGCGAGUCUUCCAGAAAACUCUCCUCCAGACACACUGGUUAUUACAGUGACAGCUACAGAUGCUGAUGAAGGAAUACAUAGUGAGAUUACGUACGAGUUUGACCAUGUUUCAAGUAAAGAUGUGUUUUCAAUACAUCCUAAGGCAGGAGAAGUAAAAGUCACGGGGAAAAUUGAUUAUGAAAAAAUGCCAUCAUAUGAAAUGCAAAUAAGUGCCAAAGAUGGUUUAGGCUUGGCAUCCUAUGCCACUUUAUUGAUAGGAAUUACUGACGUGAACGAUAAUGCCCCGGUUAUUUACCUACAAUCACUGACCAAUCAGAUUCCAGAGAAUGUGUCACCUGGUACAGAGGUGGGCAUCAUUAAUGUGCAGGACAGAGACUCAGAGAACAACAGACAGGUCCGCUGCUCCCUUCAGACUGGGGUCCCUUUCAAGUUAGUACCUUCCAUUAAAAACUAUUAUUCUCUAGUGACCACAGAACAGCUGGACCGUGAGCUAGUGUCUGAUUACAACAUUACAAUCACUGCCACUGACGAGGGCUCUCCUCCUCUGUCCUCCUCUAAAACUGUCCACUUAACUGUAGCUGACAUCAAUGACAACCCUCCUGUGUUUGAGGAGCAGUCCUACAGCGCACAUGUGACUGAAAACAACAAACCUGGCUCCACUUUAUGUUCUGUUGCUGCUCGAGACCCAGACUGGAGACAAAACGGGACAGUGGUUUAUUCUCUGUUACCUGGUGAGGUGAAUGGGGCCCCAGUGUCCUCCUAUGUAUCUGUUAAUGGAGACACAGGGGUGAUCCAUGCUGUGAGGGCUUUUGAUUAUGAACAGUUCAGGAGUUUUAAAGUCCAUGUAAUGGCCAGAGACAAUGGCUCUCCUCCACUCAGCAGCAACGUGACAGUCAAUGUGUUUAUAUCUGACGUGAACGACAACUCUCCUCAAAUACUGUACCCCACCCCGGAGGGGAACUCCUUCAUGACUGAACUGGUCCCUAAAGCUGCACAUGCAGGCUCUCUGGUGUCCAAAGUGAUAGCAGUGGACGCAGACUCUGGACAGAACGCCUGGCUGUCCUAUCACAUAGUCAAAUCCACUGAUCCUGGACUUUUUACUAUAGGUCUUCACAGUGGAGAGAUCCGGAGCCAGCGGGACGUCUCUGAAUCUGACAGCAUGAAACAGAACCUCAUUGUGUCAGUGAAGGAUAACGGACAGCCUCCUCUCUCUGCCACCUGCUCCAUGUAUUUACUGAUCUCUGAUAACUUGGCUGAAGUGCCUGAACUCAAGGACAUUUCUUAUGAUGAGAGGGACUCAAAGCUGACAUCCUAUCUGAUCAUUGCACUGGUGUCAGUGUCCACAUUUUUCCUCACCUUCAUUAUUAUUGUCCUCGGUGUGAGGUUCUGUCGCAGGAGGAAGCCCAGACUGUUGUUUGAUGGAGCAGUUGCAAUCCCCAGUGGUUAUCUGCCUCCUAAUUAUGCAGAUGUUGACGGCACAGGAACUUUACGCAGCACUUACAACUAUGAUGGAUACAUGACGACUGGAUCCAGGACAAGUGACUUUAAGUUUGUGUCGUCCUACAAUGACAACACGCUGCCUGCAGAUCAGACACUGAGAAAAAGCCCCACUGACUUUUCUGACGUCUUUGGAGAUGGUGAUGUCUCUCCUGAGGGAGUCAAUAGCAAGAAGUGGGGUGAUAAGGCCAGGUCUAUGGUCUAG